UUUGCAAUACGGUAGGACAUUGGUAAUAGUGUAACACGUGCCAUCAGAUUGACACCCGCCUCUUCUGCCUUCUUCUCCCAGAAAUUUAUCUGAUCUUCAAUUCAAUUGGAUUUUUAUACAAAAUUUUAUCAAUCAGCUUCAUAUCAAAAGGGGUUGAACUUUUAAGAAUUGACUGAUGGAAGCCACUGGGGAAGCGAAGGUUGGUAGCCUGUUGAAUAAAAUCCAGCCGCCUCGUCUUGAAGACGCAGGUCUUGAGGACUGUGCACUCCCCCCAGACUCUAUACAAGAAGCCUUUCUCAAAGCUGCUACUGCAGUUCGCUCACGUAUUUUCCACACAUCAGAUGAUGAAUCUGACGAAGAAUGUGUUAACGACCCAUGGCCUUAUAAUGGAACUUCCGGUGAUAAGCUCACCGGAGUCACAUCUGAGGCUGGUCUGCCCGGCGCUUGUGUGCCAAAGAAAGGUGCUGGGUUACCUGCAAUGACUGGAGACGAGGUGGUCGUGGGCAGCAGAGAGGGUAUGCCAGAUAAGGUGGUGGAACCAGAUGUGCCAGAUGAGCCAGAGAAAUCAUGUGUUGAUGGAUUGCAAGGGUUAAAGAUAGGAGAGAAAAAGGAUAACGGUAAGAAAUCUGAAACUAAUACAGCAUCAAAGGAGCAGGAAGAAGAAGACGAGAAAAGGCCAGACUUGACUGAAGUUUGUAUAUGAUGUGUUAACCUUAUGUUUGUAGUAGUCAAAUAGUUUUAUGUUUUCAUUUUCUGCUAUAGAUCUUUAGAAUCUGGCUCAGAUCAGUACGCAAUAUAAAGCGUAAAACUCGAGCAGUCGUUGAAGUUUGUAUUCCUUUUUGUUCGACUAAACAAGACGUAGUUAGUUAUUAUGAGUUUGAUAGCUGAAAGCCUGAAAGGGUGAGUUGCAGGCUCUUGUUUUCCUUUCCA